CAGCGAGCAGCGCGCGCACAAAUCCGUCGGCCUGAAGUGCGCAAACUGAGGCAACCUGGGGGCCGUGACUUGUUUCUCCGUGAAGUUUUUCUUUUAAGGCUGAGAAAAUAACAAAACACAUAAAUCAGCAAGAAUUAGAUCCAGAUAGUACAACAGAUAUGGAAGUUGUCACAGAUACUGAAGAAGAACUUAUGAGAGAAUGUGAAGAGAUGUGGAAAGACAUGGAAGAAUGUCAGAAUAAACUAUCACUUAUUGGAACUGAGACUCUCAGUAAUUCAAAUGCUCAGCUAUCGUUAUUAAUUAUGCAAGUGAAGUGUUUGACAGCUGAACUCAGUCAGUGGCACAAAGAAACACCUAAAAUAACUCCUCUGACAGAAGAUGUUCUGAUAACAUUAGGGAGACAAGAGUUCCAAAAAUUGAGACAUGAUCUUGAAAUGGUGCUAUCUACUAUUCAGUCAAAGAAUGAAAAGUUAAAAGAAGACUUAGAAAGGGAGCAACAGUGGUUGGAUGAACAGCAACAAAUAAUGAAAUCUCUUAAUGUUCUACAUGAUGAAUUGAAAAAUCAGGUUGUGACUUUUUCUGAAUCAAGAAUCUUUAAUGAACUCAAAACUAAAAUCCUUAAUAUAAAAGAAUUUAAGGAGAAACUUUUGAUUACCUUGGGUGAAUUUCUAGAAGACCAUUUUCCUCUGCCUGAUGGAACUGUUAAGAAAAAGGUAAGGUACAGAAAACUCAAGAGUACACUUAGCCAGUUUAGUGGCAAGCUCUCUAGCCUUUGCUUUCUCCAACUUGACAAUACGAGCCACAGAUUUUGGACCCAGAACGUUGCUUCCCCAGUGACAGCAGAUCUCAUCAUAUCUGUCAUUGUAGUUGGUCCUGAUGGCCUCCACCAGCUUAGCCAGCGUGCCUUUGUCUUCCGAGUUGACUUGCGUGAAGGCGACAGUGGUACAGGUCUUCCUGUGGACCAGACACCCCAGCUUGGCCUUCCCCUUGAUGCAGUAAGAGACCCCCGUCUUGCAACACAGGAUAGGCAGGAACAUGACCAGCUUGAAGGGGGUCCACGUCAUGUGCAAUCACCACCAGCUGAGCCUUCUUAUCCUCUACCAGAGUGGUGA